AUGUCAGCCUCAGUUCCUAAAGGCCAUACCUGGGCUCGAAAGGUGAAGAAGGAGGUUGAUGAGGACCUGCUGGAUCAGCUUAUCUCCCAUUCUGGCUGUGCUGCCUCCCGCUAUGCAGUGCAGGAGGUGUGGGCAUUCGGGAACUGCAUAAGUGAACAGCAGGCAAGGCAGCUGGAGGAGUUGCAGAGGAAGGAAGAUUAA